AUGCGCGCGCUGUUGUUCGGCGUGUGCGGGUCAACUACGACCUGGAUGCUGACAGCAGGAAGGCUGCAGCGGCCUGUGGGGGCGCAGCGCAGUCAGGAGUGGACCUUCGAGAGGCCCGCAGGCGAUGCUGCGGCCUUUGAUCAGGAGCGGUUGCUGGAGUACAUUCUGGCACGGCCCUGGGACCUGCUCCUUCGCCUCACCUCUACUCUUUGGAUUGCCUUCGGCAUUUGGCUCGUGUGGAAGGACCGCAAGAAGGAGGAGGCGCCCGCGCUGAACGUGUCCCUGCAGCGCUCCGCCGCCAGCGAGAGCGGGGAGGCGCUGAGGCGGGGCCUGCAGCGCAUGGGCGUGUUCUUUGUGAAGAUCGGUCAGACCGCCGCGCAGCGGCCAGAUAUUGUCGGGGACGAGGUUGCCGAGGAGUUGAAGGGCCUGCAGGAACAGAGCGCGCCUUUCAAGGACGAGCUGGCUCUGCAGAUCCUCGCGGAGGACCUGGGGCAUCCUGGGCCGCUGGCACCGGGGGUGGUGGCAGAGGGACACAGCCCUGAGGGUGAGCCUUUGCUGGCGGAGCUGAACCCCAACUUCGUGGCCUCAGCAUCCUUGGGACAGGUCUACCGGGGCCGACUCCACGACGGCCGGGAGGUGGCCCUGAAGGUGCAGCGCCCCGGGGUGAGGGAGGUGCUGGGCCUGGACUGGGCGGUGGCCACCUUGGUCUCCAGGAGCUACCAGGCGCUGGUCGGUUCUCCAAACGACUAUGGGGCCGUGGUGGACACGGUGGCGCGGGGCGUGCGCAUGGAGCUGGACUACUACAACGAGGCCGCGAACGCGGAGGAGUUUGCGCUGCGCCACGCCUUUCUGCCCUUUGUGACCUCGCCGGGGAUCUUGAAGGAGCUCAUGGGUCCUCCAGGCUCCCGCGUGCUGGCGCUGAAUUGGUAUCCCAGCCGCUCACCAAAGGAGCUCCCUGUGGAGGAGCGGCGGCUACUUGUGGAGAUGGCGGUGGAGGCCUGCGUGGUGCAGCUGCUGGUCACCGGAUUUGUGCACGCGGACCCGCACGAGGGGAACCUGCGGAUGGGGGACGACGGGCGAGUGGUCUUCCUGGACUUCGGUCUCAUGGACCGGGUGGACUUCGGCAUCAUGGAGCAGUGCGCGGCUGGGGUGCGGCACGUGCUGAACAAGGAUUGGGUGGAGCUGACGCAUACCUUCCAGGCGAUUCGCUUCACCCCGACACCCAUGCAGAAAAACCUGGACUAUGGGAGCUCCGACGUGCCGCGCUAUGAGCCCUGCAGCAAUGAGGACUUUGCUGAGGCCUUUGCAGAGCAGCUGGAGAAGGAGGCGGGGGGACAGAGCCGCUUCGGUGCCAUGGCGGUGGCCCUGAAGAAGCUCUCGGACCGGUAUUUGAUGCUCACCCCGCCCUUCAUCGCGCUGCUUUGCCGGACCUUCAUCACGCUCGAGGGGCUGCUGGCGGAUGACCCGGUCAUGGCGGAGACCUACAACGUAUACCAGAAGUCCCUGCCCUUCGCCAUCUCCCGGCUACUGUCCCCGCGCACGCGCAAGGGCACCCGAGAUUUACGAGGAGUCUUCCUAGAGGGAGAGGAGGGGGAGAUCAGCUGGACCAGCUUGAGCACAUUGCUCGCGGCAGGUGAUGAUAAGGAGCAGAAGGAGGAGAUGGGGGACGCCUUCGCGCUGCGCACCGCUGCAGCGGUACAGCGGAGGCUGCUGAUGACCGCGGAGGGUCAGGCGCUGCGGCGCCUGCUCUACGAGCUGGACGCCUUUGAGGCGGUGCGGGGCUUCUUCAUGCGCAAAGACGCGAAGGACCUGCGGACCGCCGCGGCAGGAGCCUUGGCGGAGCGCUGGUCGCGGUCCAAGAGCCAAGGCAAAGCCUCCGAGAUGGUUCGCGCCCCGGAGAGCUUCGGGCCGCGCAGCGUGGCGGCGGCCAGGGGCUGGGGCGAUUGGAGCGGCAAAGACCCCUUCCGCCUGCCAAGCUCCACGCUGCGACACGCCAAGAAGGCAUGGCGCAUCAUCCUCAGGCGCCAGCUGCGGCGGAGCUUUUGGCCUUGGUGGCGGUUGUGGCGGGUGCCAGUUCUGCUGCUGCAGGAACUCCAUGUUGAGCGCGUUUAA